UCCCAGUCCCUAAUCAGCUAACUGUUCGCUGAAAGGGUGCAUCUCAAAAUAGGAGGCAUUUCCCAGGAACCCAAAAUCCCAUGUCACCUCCAGAGGUCAAGAUCUCUGUUGUGUCAAACAUUUGUACAGUACAAGCAGCAUGCAUUCCAACGCAGACUUAGCGGACCAGGAACGGGUUCUUCAUUCGACGGCAAUUGAACAUCACAUAUCAAGACGAGGAGCUGUCAACUUUGCCCAUCGGGAUGUUUGGGGUCCACGAGAAAAGGCAAUGGGAGAUCCAUGGUCGCCGAACAAUCCAAAUGGAACCGUUAUUCUCCGUUUGGCGGAGAAUAGCCUGAUGCAUGAGGAGGUGGGAGACUAUAUAUGUGCACAGGUUGUACUCCAUCUCAAACUUCAGGCGGAAUCACUCAUUCCUUCAAUCCAGACAAAAGUUCUUCCAGUAGACCAUCUGACCUACAGCACGGGUCCACGGGGAUCCCGGCGCCUUAGACGAGCAGCGGCUGCGCUUCUGACCGAGCAGUUCCAUGCGCGUUCCCUUAUCACGUACGAUAAUAUCCUCGUCACGCCCGGUGUGGCCAGUGCUAUCGACGGAAUAGCCUUCGCCAUCUGUGAUGAAGGGGAUGGGGUCUUGGUUCUUCAACCUCUAUACAACGGUUUCAAAUUUGACAUGCAGAACAGGGCUAAUGUCCAGAUAGUCGGGGUCAAGUUUGAAGGGGUCGAGGGGUUUGGGGGUCUUGACGACCUCUUCCGACCAGAAGUGAACAGAAAAGCCCUCGAAAUUGCUCUUCAACAGGCGAGAAAGGCUGGGAUCAAUAUCCGUGCACUUUUGAUCUCGAAUCCACACAAUCCUUUGGGGAGAUGCUAUCCCCCUGAAACUCUCAAAGAGUUUGCUUCGUUCUGCGGCCAGCACAACAUGCAUCUCAUCUCGGAUGAGAUUUAUGCAUUUUCCGUUUUUGCGAACCCCGAAAUUCCAUCAGCACCUAAUUUCACCUCUAUAUUAACACUGGACCUGGAUAAGAUUAUUGAUCCAUCACACAAGCAUGUCCUCUACGGCGCAAGCAAAGACUUCUGUGCUAAUGGAUUGCGAUUGGGAUUUAUUUUCACAAAGAACGAAGGGAUCAUUGGCGCUAUGUCCAGUAUAGGUAUCUUCUCCUGGUUGCCGCAUCUUCUGCAGGAUGCUUGGGCUGCAAUGCUGGAGGACAAGCAGUGGAUGGAGAGAUUUAUGGAGCAGAAAAGACAACUGAUGCUGGACCGAUACGAGAUGACAACAGCAUUUCUUUCCAAACAUGACAUUCCCUACUAUGAGAUGAACGCAGGGUUGUUUAUUUGGGUUGAUCUUCGCCAUUUGUUGGUUGCACGGUCGCAAGAGCCUGAUCGUGGCGCGUUGGUAAGGUCAUCUCCUGAUGCUCAGCUCAGCCUGCAACUUGAGUUGAGGUUUACGGAGAUCUGCAUGGAAAAUGGAGUCAUGAUCGCGCCUGGCCAUGUAUAUAUGUCUGAAAGUUAUGGUUGGUUCCGUAUCACUUUCACUGUCGGAAAGAAAGCCUUAGAAGAAGGAUUGAGGCGCUUUUUGGCUUCCAUCAAGAAAAUGAAAGCUGAAUGUCAACUUUCAAAAUCAACAUGAUGGCCGUCGGCCCAGCCAGGAAAGACUUUCUCAAUAGGUACAUGUGAACGCAACUUCGAAAAUCACUUUGCAUAUAUACGCCGGUCUUCCUGGGUAGUAU